GUUUUCCCAACCUCUCUUUACUUCCUUCCCUUCCUUCCCUUCCUUACGCCAUUUCGAUCAGAUAGCGGCCUCCUUACAUUCCAUUCCUUACACUGAACAUUAAUACAAAGACCAACACUCGUUUCGAAUGAAGGUUUUCACUCCCCUAUCGAUUGCUUGCUUAGCACUCGCUGAAAUCGCCCAAGGAGCUGGUGUGACCCUCAGCUUCGGCCGUAAGCACCCUAGCCCCUCCGAAGCUUUGGCUGCCAACAAGGCUCGUGUCGAAAGUUUGGCCAAUGGCCACACUCGCAGCCUUGCCGCCGGGUCAACGACUUACCCUAUGUUCAACUCGAUUUGGAGUUACUUGAUCGAUGUUGAUGUUGGCACUCCCGCAAAGCCAUUUACUCUUAUUUUCGACACUGGAUCUUCCAACACUUGGAUUCCCGACAAGUCCUGUGGUAGCAGCUGCAGUGGUGCUUCUCACGCAUUCAACUCCAAUACGUCUUCCACCUGGGUUAGCGAUAGUGGCAACACUAUGGAUAUCCAAUAUGGCUCUGGAUAUUGCUCGGGAGUUCUUGGAACAGAUACCCUUGCUUUCGGUAGCUCACUUAAGGUGCCUAAACAAGAAAUUGGUUUGGCUACAACUGCUGCCAGCUCUAUCACCAGCAAUGGUGUGGAUGGUAUUCUUGGUAUGGGCCCUGAUAGCUUGAGCGCUGGAUUCAACAGCGAGGGCAAGGUCUUGAAGACCCCUGUCUCCAACAUGGUGGCAAAUAAUCUUGUUACCGAAGACGUUUUCAGCGUUUAUUUUGCUCCCGAGCCCGAAGGCGAUUUCUCAGGUUCCGUUAACGGUCAAGUUACCUUUGGUGGCCUUCCGGAUUCCAGCUUAUACUCUGGAUCUAUUCAAUAUGUAUCCUUGCUUACAAGCGGCACCGCAUCUAAAUACUGGGGUAUUCCUCUCGACAAUGUCAAGGUCGGUAGCGCUGUUGCCGUCAGUUCCUUUGAUGCAAUCGUCGACACUGGAACCACUUUGAUUAUCCUCAGCUCUGCUGCUGCCACUGCUAUCUACAACAAGAUUAGCGGUUCGCAGUAUAACAGUGAUGCCGCCAUGUGGGAAGUGCCUUGCAAGACCCUCAGCUCGCUUCCUACUAUUACCUUUACCGUCAACGGUAAAUCAUACCCACUCACACCUGCGCAAUACACAGUUCCUAGCUGGGAGGUCACUUCAUGGGGUACCCCUGACACUAACAUGUGCUUCUCAUAUAUUGUUGGCGAAGACAUUGGUAUUCAAAUCAUUGGACAAAAGUUCUUGGAAAACUACGUGUCAGUUUUUGAUGCCGAUAGCAACCGUCUUGGAUUAGCUCCUCGUGCUGGUAGCGUCGAUUCAUCCGUAGCUACAACGACCACAACCAAGAGUACUACCACCGCGAAGAAGACUACCACCACCACCAAGAAGACUACUACCACCAAGAAGCUACCAGCACAAAGUCUGCCACUGCCACUUCCAGCUGUACCAAAAAGUACACUGUAAAGAAGGGUGAUACUUGCUCCAGCAUUGCUUCCAAACUUGGUGGCACUACUGCUGCCAAAAUCAUCAGCAAUAAUUCCAAAGUGAAUAGUGGCUGCACCAACUUGGACAUUGGCCAAGUAUUGUGCGUUUAAUUAACAAGAUAUAACCGUAUAAUGAACACGUCUCCUUCAUCAACUUGUUUGUUCAAGCAUAAUAUUAAUGAGAAUAACAUUAGUGCUUUUCUUGUCGUCGUAUAACCCUGUCGGUUUAAAAUUGCAAUAUCAUGUAAUGUCAUUGCCGAGUCAUCAUGACCGAAAAUUUGACUGCAGCACUUUUU